UGGGAGUCGCUGCAGCGGGAAAAGGUGGGGAUAAAAGGAGAAGCGAAAUGAGAGAAAAAACAUCAGCAAAAGCGAGCAAAAGUUGUUCUCGGAUGCUGUCUGUGUUACUGAGCGCGUAGACAGUUGUAAAACCGGGGGGGGCGGGGGGGUAUUCGACGACAAUUUAAUGGGUUAUUGUGUGUACCCAUCAAAUCCCACGAAUAAUCCAUCUAAUUUCUCCGGAUUAACCCCAAUCGAGUGCUUCAAAACGGCGAAAUACUGGAGUUGGAGUGAAGAUAUGCGAAUAUUGGAGUCGAGAAAUCAAAACGUGUUGGAGAAGACGUGGAUGGUAUCGGGAAAAUACUCUCGAUGAACAGCUGACGACAGUGUACAGUCAAAAGAAAGGAAGAGAGAGAGAGAGAGAGAAAGAGAGAUAGAUAGAGAGAGAGAGCGAGAGAGAAAAUUGAGUCAGACGAGAACGAGAAGGAGAACGAGGAAAAUAGAAGUUGAACACUCGAGGAAGAUAAAACAAUACAACUGAUAAGCGUGUUUUUAGCGAAUGUCCGAGUGAGCACGUAAUUAUUUGUGGAAUAGGUUUAAUCACCGGGUUAUGUGUUUCGUAUGGCUCGAGGGCCGGGAAUAUGGCCACUGUUUUCGAGAGUCCAUUUCUGUCGAAUAGACUGCGACAGAUUGAGGAACGUUAUGAGGAACCAACGACAUUUGGCAGAUGUGACUGCACAAGUUACAGCUACCUAGCUUUGAGUGUUGUAUUGUUUAUAAUUGGUACUGCUAUUACGAUACUUGCACUUGGUGAUGCUGCUAAUGGACAGGUGUUCAGCAAUCUUGGGCACAUGUGGCUUGUUGGACCGAUUUUCAUAUGCUCAGGCCUCAUGGUCGGGGCCAAAUGCAUUCUAUAUCUCAGGAGGAAGUCGGUUAUUCAGAUGCUUGUGCAUCAGCGUCAGCUGUUCAGGCACUUACAGGAGUUAGCAGGAGCUCAAGGUGUGAAUAGUUCCGGUGCAGGUACCCCUGGUCCACCACCUUACGAUUCCAUAGCUCAAGGUCAAGGACCCAGUGAAUUGCCACCACCGACAUACGCCGAGGCCGUUGCUCUACUCCAUCAGACUGAUAUUCAUGGUGCAAAGCCCUCGAGCGAGUCACAUCAGGAUGAUGGUUUCGCAACAGUUGGAACUACACGAGCCAAACCCUGAGAUGCUUCCAAGUACUUCUGGUUUUUUUCUAUUUAUUAUUAACGACUCUAAUCAGGAUAAUGUAGUUAAUAAUUGCGACUGAUUGUCAACUCACUACGAACAAUUUUAUCUUUUCAUAUUAAUGGUCUUUUUAGGGAUCAGUGUAGGGCCAUUUUGUGCAUUUUAAUGUUUCUUUGGCAAGUUCGUGUCAACGAUGACCGAAUUAAUUUCUUUUCCCUCCCUUCUUUUUUUUUCGACUUAAGUA